AUGUCGACCGAUGAAUGGCUGUAUCGGGUUAUACUUAUAGAACAGGCUGUCGCCAAGUGCCGCGGAGAUGUUGCGCAUGCUCAAUCGGCGCAGAAUGAGGAGGAGCUGCGGGCAGUUAUCACCACCAUGUGUCACGAUAUCAUCGGGAUAAUCGGAAGACCUCAGGUCGAGAGAUCGCUACAAGCAUGGUCUGAAGUAUAUCCAGAACAAGAGGGCUCCAAGCUGAUAGAGAAGACGAGCAUCUACCGCCAUUUGCAACACAAGAAUACGCCUUGGAUUCCUGCAUCUGAGCAGGAUGAAAUAAGAACUGAAAGUCAAGCUGCAUCGUUGAGGCCGACACCUGGGACUUCAUCUUCUCCCCCAUCAGUGCAAGAAAUGGACGUCCAGAACAGGGCGGAGAGACUUCGGGAUGCCCUCUGCCUUCCACCUAUUCGUCGGGCCUCUGCAGACAAUAUCAACCUAUCACAUCCAAGAUAUAUAUCUCACUUACCGCCAAGCCAUCAAAGAACACCACAAGAUGGUUACUAUUCUCCGUUCACAACCUCUCCGACAACCCGAAGCAACCGGUCAGAGUCUCCAAGGGUUCUUCCCCCAAUCAUAUCAUUCGGCGACGACAUAGCUGAGUCGCCUGUCUUUCAUACUCCCCAGAGUAGUCGACGAGCAAGCCAGGUCUCAUACCCAGCCUCAGAUAAAAGUAUCGAUCCAUUCCAGCCGAUCCACUAUGAUCCAAACCCUCACGAAAAGGCAGCGCCGAGUUUAAAGUCGCACCCUACUAACAACAUGACAACUCAUGGCGACGUGGAUCAGAAUAAUGGUACGUGUCGGAUACCGAGUGAUAAAAAGGCUGGAACAACAUUCCAUGAGAUCCCAACGUCUUUAGCAGAGUAUCUUGAGAGGAUCCUUGCUGCAGGGGACAUGCCGUUUACACUGGCUGGAUUCAGAGACAGAGAUAAUUUUUACAACUGCCCAUUCUGUAGUGAGAAUGGGAAGAGGAAUUAUAAAAGGUCAGGACCUUUUGCAGACCAUUUAGUAAGGCACUGGAAAUCACUACAGACAUAA